UGUUGGGGGAGGAGGUGGGAGCGCACAUUAUGUUGCAGUGCAUGCUGGGGUUUGUAGAGCAGCUCAUUGUGAAACAGGCUUUACGGAAAAUUAAAAUACUUUUGUGGGCCUGAUAGGAUUGUGUCACGGGCUAGACUUGUGUUUGACAUAUGGAACGGAAGGCAUACUUCAACUCAUUUGAAACUCAGCCGGAACUGUCACAAGCAUCUCAACUUCGUAUAAAACUUUGUUUGAUGAAACAACCAAGCAGAACUGUGAGAACACAUCAUGUGAUCACAUUGAAUGACAUACUUUCAAACAACUGCCAUCACUGGUUCAGUAGACAAGACAGCAAAACAGAAGAUGGUUUAUUGGGCUUUUGUGAAAAGAAGACCCCUUUCCCCUGAGUGGCUCAAGGAACCCAACCCGCCGACGUGCAUGGAAGUGUUCAGGGGGAGCGAGCAGCGUUUGACCAGCAGCGAGACUCCGAGAGCGCGCGCGGCGCUGCCAGCAUGGCUCACUCCGACAGCUGCCACUGCGGCGGGCAGAGACCGCACAGCAGCAUCCUCUACAGCAUCCUGAAGAGCGACGGCCAGGCCGCGCUGCACGCGCCCCGCAACCCGCGCCUGGCCGUGUCCAUGCACGCGUGCGCGUGCGGCGCCAAGAAGCAGGUGGCUCUGCGCUCGCCGCACACCACGUGCAAAGCCGCGUCCGCCGUGCUCGUCAAAACGCUGAAGUUCGUGAAGAACGUGCCGUGCUUCCGCGAGCUGCCCAUCGACGAUCAGCACGCGCUGGUGCGCAGCAGCUGGGCGCCGCUGCUCGUGCUCGGCAUGGCGCAGGACAGGAUCGACUUCGAAACGGCAGAGACGGCGGAGCCCAGCAUGCUGCAGCGCAUCCUCACCAGCGGCCAGCAGGGCGAGCAGGAGAGCGCGCGCGCCCGCGGACACGCCGGCGUGGCGCUCGUGGACGUUCAGGCCAUUAAAAUGUUUCUCAGCAAGUGCUGGGGACUGGACAUCAGCACCAAGGAGUACGCUUACUUAAAAGGGGCCAUCCUGUUUAACCCAGACGUGGCGGGUCUGCAGUGCCACCGAUACAUUCAGGGGCUGCAGAGCGAGGCGCACCAGGCGCUGAAUGAAUACGUCAAGAUGAUCCACGGAGGAGACACGGCGAGGUUCGCUAAGCUCUUCAUCGCGCUCUCCAUGCUGCGCUCCAUCAACGCUAACGUGGUGGCGGGGCUUUUCUUCACCCCUGUCAUCGGCACCGUGAACAUGGAGGAACUGCUGCUCGACAUGUUUUACGGGAAGUAGAAGUCUUUUUCUGCUCUCACUCUUUAAACGGACCGAGCCGAGCCGGCAAGCGCUCAUUCAGUGAGACUGCGGGGAAGUCCGGCAGUGCGCAUGCGCUCUCCACAAGAACUUAUUCCUUUUUACACACGCUAUUUUUGUACUAUAAUACUUGGACUGUGUUUUUCUCUUUGCCUUCUGAGUUGAAUUCAUCGCUGAAUCCAAAGUCUGACGUUAUUCCCUUUUGGGGAAAUAGCUUUAUAGUUUUUGUUUUUUAGAUUGUUUGUUUUAAUUCAGUUAUUUAGCUUUCCUGUGUGUUCCUGCAUUGUACAGCUGUCUGAUGAAAUAAGCUAUUUAUUGGAGUAUAUUUGGAUAAUUAGAAAAUCUUGUAGACCUGUGUUUUUAUUGUUACCUUAUAUGCCUUGACCGCACUGAAAAAAAUAAAAUAAUAGGCUAAAAAUGCACAGUUUUUUGCCUUCUGAAAAUGCCAAGCUUAACAAACAAACAAAAUAAAAGGAAAACAAACGUCUCCUACCACAAGAGGGCAGUGUUAGCCCACAAACCUCAAGACAUGGUGGAUUUCAAAACAAGUCAGCUAAUGAUGAGGUGCUUCAAAACAAAUCAGCAUUAACAAACUCUCUCUUGAACAAGGCCAUGGUGUGUAAAAUAGUGUUCUGCAUCUUUGUGAUGGGGUCCGACAUGCUCUUGUGGGGCAGGGCACCAUAUGCUGGGCUCCAGGAACAUUAGUCAUAGAAUUGUUAAGCGGCAGGUCAGGCUGUGCCUUUGAGCAGGGGAGCAGGACAUGGCACCUUGACUGUUUGAUACGGGCAGGAACGCAUGGCUAGCCAUGUGGAGAGGGCAGUCAAUGGAUGCAGCUGCUUAGAAGGGGUGUCUGUCGAGGACAGUGGGUGAAUGUGUUGGAAUGUUAAAGGGCUCAUAUUGUGUAAAACCCAGCUUUUUCAUAAUUAAAAGCAUUUAAUGUAAUAUGUAAACACUAAAGUUUCAAAAUGUCCCAUUAGCUCCUCAGUCCAUACAGUCCAUGUAUGGAAACUAAGGUGCAAAAACAGCCCAUUUGGAAUUUGGAAUGGAAUUGUUUUUUGUAAAUGAAAUAUAAAACAAAGCAUUUCCACUUAUUCAGCUUACAGCAGUUUAGCUCCAGCCAGUCACAGUGAAGUUAUAAGGAGUGUUUCAGCCUGGGCUGCUUUUUAAUUAAGACAUAAUACAGGACAGCUAACCAGAAAAGAGAUCAUUUAUGUAUACCAGUCUUCAAAGUACAGUAAUAAAAACAGCUUGUUUAAUUCUAGGUGAUAAAAACAGAUUGGAAAAUGAUCAUGUGAAAAUGAAUUAACAACUAUUUUUUGUACAUAAAACCACACAAAUGUCAUAAGUGGACCUCAGGGAAAAAAUAAAGUUCAAGAAAAAUUCAGGCAGUAGGCCCUUUAAUGGACCAAACAUAAUUUACCAAAACUUAUAUACUUUAAAGAGUUAAAGGAAUACUCCAGCAUUUUUCAACCUAAUCUCUGCUGCAGCAGCAUCAGUAUCAUAUCAUAAUUUAACACAUACAAUCAUUUUCAAUUCUCCCAUUGAGUUCAAUAAUAAACAUGUUUCAAGACAAAAUGUUUUCUGUUCAGUUAUAAUCUACAGGGAGACGCAUCUAUGGCAAUCGAUAAUAUGGUACAGAUGCAGCAGAUAGAGAAAA